GCCUGGUUCCACGAACGAACCGUCGUCGUUGGCUGUGCAGCGCCUCGCCUCUCGGUGUGCAUCCAAGGCGCCCACCCUAGUCUCUUAGUCGUUGUCCUGAAACCUAUUUUUCGUGUUUGAAUGGCCAGAUGGUCAUCCGUGACCCCUUUGGGCGUUGGCAUAGCCUCCUUCAGCUCGUAUUGCGGCUGAUGCGUGCUGCACGGUACUCUGCCGGCAGUGCAAAUGAGAUCUUGGUUGGGUUACAUGCGAAUACACUUUCGGAUUCGCUCUCGCCCUCACCCUAUCUGGCUCGGUGGCGGUUUUAUUUCUGCCGUCGUCAGCGCACACAGUAUGCCAUAUUUGUCGCGUGUCCGGUAGAUGCCUCUAUCGCUCUCUGUCGCUGUUGGAAAUUGUCGUCACUGUGGCCUGUUGCCCAGCCAUCCGCGUCCCGGUUGACAGCAAAGACAUGGCCCGAGAGCCGGAUGUCUUGCAUGAUUUCGCAAGCAUCCCCCGCCUUGGGGAACGGAAUCAUUGCUCCCGACGCAUCAAUGGCUUUUUUUGCAGGAUUCUGGCGCAUCUCCUCCCUGGCCUAUCUGACGUCGGCCAUGGCCACACCGACCCUGGAUACGGCUGAGGUCACCCGCUUCCGGCAGGGUGCCAACCCAAUUAUAGCACCUCGGGUCCUCUAGUGUCCGCGUAUCUAAUGUCCGGCCCGACGCCAUUAAAACACAAGAGACUGUAUAGCUAUAUCGCUUGGCA